CUGGCUUAAUCUGGGAAAGGCUAUCGGAUUGAUCUUUACCCGUUACCGGCAUGCAUGGUGGCACCCAUGAGAAUUAGCCUUUUGUAACACAUUUUAUAAUUAAAGGCUGGUACACUUGCAUAAAACCUGGAACUUCUCUUCCACGUUUACAUUAUUUAGCGCUAUCAUCAUGUCUUCUGUUGUGCCACAUUACGUUCACUCCGUUGCCUCAGUCGCAAACGGCAUUUUUGCGGGUCUAGGGUUGACGAUCAGCACUAUUUCGAUACUUACAUUACGCGUUGCGGGAAACCCUGUUGUCAGCUGGGUUACCACCUACAAAAGUGGAUCCGUGAUUGCCGUCUCGUCCAUAUUCGCCUCUUCCACUGCGCAUUUUUACACGUACUAACUAACCAAGAGUCAUCGCGCGCUUUACUGUGGCAUCUUGUCGCUAGUUAACUUUCCGUAUACUGUAAUUUUUAUGAUGCGUAAUAACAACCGUUUG